ACAUCUAUUGUGGAAGGAUAUAGUGAGUCUACCUGCCAAACAGUUCAUAAAUUCAUGCAACUUGAACAAUGUGAAUUUCAGUCAUUCGCGUCAUAAGUAUCGUUGCUGCGGAAGGUGUGCGUUCUACAUGCAUGUUAAGAGCGCAGUGGGCCUCACUUCCUUGGUAGCCUUGCUGGUUGUUCGGACCUGGGCAUUCUGGCAAAGGAGUAAAAAAUUGCUGAUCGGGUUACUUGUUUAUGGUGUGUACUUGAUCUUGGCGAUAUUCGAAAGUGUGAUGCUAAUCCUCAAUGUAUAUAAGAGGGUUCACGACUAUAAAGAAUUUGAGAGCGGACUUGUAGUAACCCUAUACCACGGUGGCAUGUUCUACAUGGUGUGCAUCCUCGCCGUCACACUCGCCAAUGUUAUCUUUGAGGGUGCCCUUCCAAGCACCUACAGCAAUAUGUUUAACUCGCUACAGCUGGUCGUUCACAGCGUCCUGGCAUCACGAAUUCUAUUCCGUCUUCGAGAUAGCAAUGAACGUGUCCGCGUACCGUCCAUGUUAGUAAUGACAUUAGACGCUCAGGUAAAUUAAUUACGACGUUCGUCGAUGUCGAUGAGUAGGAUAGGUACUACCAGUGAAGUUUGAGAGGAUGUAGGUGUACUAGCAUGCGGUACCAUCGGCCUCUGAG